AUGAAUGUAGCCGAUUUUGCAACAAAGUUUAGACCAGCCACUGAUAACUACAAGGAGUGGUUUGAGGGUCCAUCUUGUCUGAAACAUACACAUUCUUGGUACCGACUUAAGCGCGAUGUGGCAAAUUGGAUAAUGUAUGUUGAGAGAAAACUACAAAAGUUGCAGCAACAAAAAUUAGUUGAAAGACUUAAUUCUACGCAUCUGGUUAGGGCAAAAAAUAUUAUAUUAAAGAUGGCCCAAAUAGAAAAUUUUCUGAUGAUUAUGCUGCAGUACAAAGCGGUAGACCCAAUAUUAAAGGUGGUGCCGUAUGCAACAUCCGCUUGUGGACCUCAACGAGAUUUAAUAAUACUGUCAGGUAAACAUCAUGUUACAAAACUCAUAAUUAUGGAUUAUCAUCGAGCCUAUCAUCAUUUAAACCACGAAACGGUGCUAAAUGAAAUCCGUCAAAUUUAUUUUAUAGUAAAAUUAAGAGCGGUUUAUAAAUCCGUUCGCAGAAAUUGCCAGCAAUGUAAAAUUGAUAACGCUAAACCCAUUUCGCCUCAAAUGGCAUAUCUGCCACCAGCACGCCUAGCAGCUUUUCAGCGACCCUUUACGUUUGUUGGAGUGGACUAUUUUGGUCCAAUAACAGUAACCUUUGGCAGAAAAUCAUUAAAACGAUGGGGAGUAAUAUUCACAUGCCUCACUAUAAGAGCUUUUCAUAUUGAAAUAGCCCAUACACUCACAGCAGACUCAUUUUUAUUGACCCUUAGAAAUUUCAUAGCAAGACGUGGUACUCCAGCUGAAAUUUAUAGCGAUAACGGUACAAAUUUUCGAGGUGCUGAUCGUUUUCUUCAAGAAUAUGGACUUCAACAAAGUACAAACUGA